AUGGCAUCAAUUACGUUCAACUGCACGAUCCAGGAAGGGAUAAUACCCCACGAUCUGCGCCCGGCCCUGGCGUCGGGGUUGGCUAGAGUCUGCACUUCCAUUCUGGGCGGCGCGCCGGACGAUUUAUCGGUUAACUUUAUCGAGAUUCCCCACGGCUACGGCUUUCGUGGCGGCGAACUGUCUACCACUUCGGCCGUAAGAGGCGAGAUCCCACCCGGUUGUGAACAAACAACCCGAGUGCAGUUGAUGCAGGAAAUUCAGGACAUGUGGAUGGAGCUGACCGGCUGUACGACUCACGAACUGGUCGUUUCCGCCCGAGACCGUAGAGAACAAUAAUCACCUCUCCAUCGGGAGGGGUCAAAACCGCCGGAACAAGCCUCC